AUGAAGAACGAGUUGUGUAUGAGACCGCGGCCGAUCUCCUCUGGUCGCGCUAGUCCGGUAGCAACUCUCGUCGAGAACAAGCACCGCGCAGCUCAUGGCAUAACCGGCGCUUGCGCCGAGGUAUUUGAGGCCGUACUGCAAAAGAAGCAAGAUUUUACCCUUAACAAGGGUACUUCCAAUACCAAUCGUCAACUCGACACUAAGCGUGAUUCUAGUUCAGAUAAGCCAGCGUCUCGCCAAUCCAACACUACCAACGGAGAUCGCAGCCGGGGAAGAGGUAGUGGAGGUAGAGGUGGAGGACGCAACGACACGAACAAGGGCAUUUCCAGUCCAUUCAAACCCAAUAAGAAUCCGUUUAAGAAAAAGAACGUUUAUUUCUGUAAUUGA